UUUAUCGAAAUUUAAAGUAAACUUAUUCUAUAUGAAUCUGUUGAUAAUUCUACAUGACUAUUAAUGUCUCUGUGGUAUAGUGCUUAAGUAAUUAAACACAGGGAGAACUUCACUUUUUUUACCCUUACAUGAUUGUUCAAAUCAAGUUCAGAAAUUUUAUACUCUUUAUCAUUCACAAAUAGAUGUACGUACAUGAGAUUUAAGGUUAUCACAGCGGUAGUUAUGGGCUAAAACGCUUUGUAGUCAGUUGAAAGUUAACCAACGUUUUGAAGGAACAUUCCCCUUCCAAUUUUGCUUUGCCUGGCUGCUUCAUGGUGGUUUCUUGCAUGGCUUACUCUUCAUCCCUGAAGAUGGAGGGAACAUAUUCCUCCAAAAUAUUAAUUGACUUUCAGUAUACUGUGUGACAUAUCCCACAAUAUUGAACUCUGAGAUAUACAGAUAAUUGAGUGGUCAGUCUAAGACACUAAAAGGAAUGGAUCCAGUAUUGAGCCUUGGCAGAUUCCAUGUUGAAGUUUACCCCAGUUAGAAUAAGCAUUUUUGUGAAAAUCUGGACAUCUGAUCACGACUUUUUAUUAUUUAUUCAUAAGAAUGGUCCAAGAGAGGUAGUUGCUGUAAAGUGUGUGGAAAGGAAAAGAUUGUCAAGAACAGCAGUGAACAACAUUGUGACAGAAAUCACAUUACUUAAACUGUUAAAACAUGAAAAUAUUGUGCAGAUGAAAGAUUUUCAGUGGGAUGAAAGAUAUAUUUUUAUUAUUAUGGAGUAUUGUGAACAUGGAGAUCUGUCACAUUUCAUACGCAAACGACGAAAGUUACCUGAAGCAACAUGCAAGAAGUUCUUGCAACAGCUUGCCUUAGCUUUGAAGUUUCUUAGAUCUCAUAAUGUGUGCCACAUGGAUCUUAAACCACAGAACUUACUACUAACCUCCACACCAAACCUGACGCUAAAAUUGGCUGAUUUUGGACUUGCCCAGUACUUGUCUGCAGAAGACCAGAACAGCUCUCUGAAAGGCUCUCCGCUUUAUAUGGCACCCGAGAUAAUAUUGAAGCAUGAGUAUAAUGCCCAAGUUGAUCUCUGGUCUGUUGGAGUUAUCAUGUAUGAAUGCCUUUUCGGAAGAGCUCCAUAUUCGUCAAAUGACUUCAAAGAGCUGGCUGAGAAGAUAAAACUGCAGAUUCCUAUUGAGGUUCCUCCUGGAUCACAAAUAUCAUCAUCUUGCAGAGACCUUUUGAUGUCUCUUUUGCAGCAUGAUCCAGAGAAAAGAAUAAAUUAUGAAGCUUUCUUCAAGCACAGUUUUCUAGAUUUAGAGCAUAUGCCAACACCUGAGUCAUAUCAGAAAGCUGUGGAUCUAGUAUGCAGUGCUGUCAGACAUGAUGCAGAGAAUAAUUAUCUAGAAGCUUUCACCCUCUAUAUUGAAUCAUUACAGUACUUCAUUCCAUUAGUUAAUGCUGAAAUGGAUGUCAAGAAGAAGGCUGCAAUGCGCAGCAAAGUAAAUGAAUACAUUAAACGUGCAGAGGACCUUAAAAGGAUAAUAUAUGCCAAGGAAGACAGUGGAGCAGGAGGCCAACUGCAAACUUACGAGAAAAUAAGAUUGGAUGCUACUGAGUUAAGUCAGUUAUGUAAUGCAACUCCUGCAAUAGCAGCAGCAUUAGAAAUUGGCUCUUCAGCAGAACAGUAUGUAUCAGAGGGUCAUUAUCAGAGUGCUCUAGAUAAAUUUCAGUCAUGUCUUGGCAUUUUGAUACCCUUGCUAAAUAAUGAACCAAAGGGACAUAGACGUGAUCUUCUUUACAACCAGAUUCAACUUUGGAUGACACAGGCUGAAAGUACAAAAGCACUGCUACAUGUUGCAGAUUUUAAAGAUGCUGUUAUUCCAGAUAACACAGGAUCUUGUCAUAUCCAUUGACUCCUCAAAAGCUGCGCAAAAUCUAGUCAAUAUCAUAAACAUCUACGAGUUUUAAAUUCUCAUUAUCUGUUGAUGAUACUGUGCUUUGCUAAUGUGUGCAUAUGGAUCACAACCAGCAGCAGAUUUAUUCUAGCAAGGAGGAGCUUCUCACAUUAUUGCUCUCCGUUGGCCUUGUUGUUAUUGUAGCUUAUUGUUAAAUCUCUGUUAUGAAUUGAACAAUUAUAAUCACAAAGGUACAAAUAUUAAAGAAAGAAGAAAAUAAACUCAUUUCAGAAAAUUCCUACAAACCAUUUUCUUAAACUGAGGGUGUUUGAGAACAAGGUGCUGAGGAUAAUAUUUGGACCAAAGAGGAAUGAGGUGGCAAGAGGAUGGACAAAACUGCACAACGAGGAGCUUCAUAACUUGAGCUCUUCUCCAAGUAUAAUUAGAGUGAUCAAGUCAAGGAGGAUGAGAUUGG